AUGCCGCACAAGGUCUACAAGAUGCCUACCUCCAACGUAGUGAACGGCGACUCCCCUCACUCCGCUACCAUCAGGCACCUUCUCACAUACCCCUGCGUCCAAGAUGGUGUGAGAACAGUCAAAUCGACUUCCGUCGGCUCCAAGGCCGUUGACCUCAGCAAUGGUGUCUACCAAUCCCUCGCCCAGAACGUAUUCCCCUACCUCGCCGGCCCUUACUCAUUCGUCGCCCCCUACGUGGAACGAGUCGACAGCGUCGGCGACAAGACCCUCGAGGUCAUCGAGGAGAAGUUCCCUGUCGUGAAGAAGCAGCCGGGCGAGAUCGUCGAGGGAACCAAACAGAUGAUCUUCUCUCCUUAUCACGCCGGCCGCUCCGUGAAGGAAUACGUUCUCUCCAUCUUUGAGACCAAGAAGCAAAGCUGCGGCGACUCCUGGACCGCCUACCCCACGGCCGUUGUCGCCACGACCUUCUACCUCAUCGGUGAGACAGCCAUCAACGCCGGGGAUUACAUCAUCCACAAGAAGGAAGAGGAGGAAGGCAAGACGGGCGCUCAGAGGCCCGCUCAGAGACCCGCCAGCGCCAACUAGGCCCGGCAAACUUAAUCUUCAAGUGGCUGGCAGGUCGGGUGUACAACCAUUGUACUACACUUAGUUCAUGGCGACAAGCAGCGACUGAUGAUACCCGAUACCCCAAUUUCUUUUGUCUUCCUCUUAGUCAUGUAAGGGGCGGCAGCAACAGCUUUAUCCUUUUUUUCUCUACCCUUUUUUGACACAAUUAUCAAACUCGACAAAUCUGGAUAUGGAUCUUUCAUCUUCACGGCCUGGUCGUCUUGUUCGAAGCAAUCACUCUUUUUUUCAUGUUCGUUUGUUCAUACGGCAUCGUUGACUAUUUCUUUUGUUUUUUUCUGUUGGGUUAGGGAGGGUGACGGAGAGAAAAGAAAACUGUUUGUUUGUGUCCUGUUUUGUUUACUACCAGGCAGAGAUAGUUUUUUUUUUUUUUGGUCUGGAUUUCAAUUGUAUAUAUAUUUGGAAAGGAUAGAUGGGAUGAAAUAGAUGGUUAUGAAAUCGGUUCAUUACAUUUUGAUAUUGUUUGCG